GCGUUCUAAAGUUAUAAACAGAAUCUAAUUACGCUGCAGAGGGUGUCUUAAAAAAGGUGUACGGGCCCUUUUACAUUUGUGAAAAAAGGGUAUUAGGUUUUUGUUUUUUUUUUAUAAAUACAGUAUCAAGAUUUAACUUAACCUUCUACACAAGUUAUUUUUUUCCCUUAAAUUGUAAGCUAAGUGUGUGCUGCUGCCAGUUAUCGUUAUUAUUAAAAGUCGGGAAGAGGAAGACCCGCAGGAGUGAAAAAGCCAGAAUUGGAAACAUAACAAAUACAGAAGGGAAAUGGCGACUGAGGUGGGUGCAUGGACCGCAGUGCCACAACGGGACGGCAUGUUCCCUGGAGGAGCCCCGGAGGAGGAGUUUGCAGACGAUGAUGUGCUGGCGGAGGGAGAGGUGAACGGGAACUGGACGCCCCAGGAGAAGGCUCUGCAUGAGGCCCGGCUCAAGGCCAAGGCCAAGCGGAGACUGCGUAGGACCUCGUCCCGCGACUCUACCCGGGAGUCCCUCUCCGAGACAGGAGGGGAGUCUGGCACCGAGGGCAAGAUCGGCGUCGGUGACCGCAAGUCCAGGAUGGGCAAGGGCCGGGGGCUACCCAAGAAAGGGGGAGCAGGUGGUAAAGGCGUGUGGGGUGCAGCUGGGAUGGUUUAUGAUUACGAGGAGCCGGAUGCCAGGGAUCCGAACUAUGACGAAUCCUCGCAGGGCGACACUGUUUAUGCAACGGUGGUCCCUGAACUGGAUGAGCAAGAGCUGGAGAAGAUGGUGAACCCCAUUGUACAGGAGUACUUCGAACAUGGAGACACCAGGGAAGUUCAGGCCCUUUUGAAGGGGCUGAACCUGGGCAGGAAGAAGUUUGAGUUCUCGUCGUUGGCCGUGGCCCUGGCGCUGGAAGGCAAAGCCAGUCACAGAGAGCUUGCAUCACGGCUGCUGUCCGACCUCGUGGGCAAGGCCCUGAGCGAGGACGAUAUCUCGAGAGCCUUCGAUAAGAUGCUGAAGGACCUUCCUGACCUCAUCCUGGACACUCCUGAGGCGGCACAGAUGCUGGGCCAGUUUAUUGCCAGGGCGAUCGCAGAUCAUGCUCUCCCAAUGAAUUUUCUUGACCGCUACAAAGGAAGGGUGGACUGUGACCAUGCAAGAGCUGCACUGGACCGUGCUGCGGUGCUGCUGUCUAUGAAGCGAGAAAUCAUGCGACUGGACAACGUGUGGGGUGUGGGGGGAGGACAGAGACCUGUGAGGCAUCUCAUCAGAGAGGUGAACCUGCUGUUGAAGGAGUACCUGGUCUCGGGGGAGGUGUCCGAGGCAGAGCGCUGCCUGCGGGAUCUGGAAGUGCCUCACUUUCACCAUGAACUUGUCUACGAGGCUGUGGUGAUGGUUCUGGAGUCCAAUGGAGAGACAGCUGUGAACAUGAUGGUGAAGCUACUCAAAGCAUUCUGGGAAACAGGACUCAUCACCAUUGACCAGAUGAACCGAGGAUUCCAGCGUGUGUAUGACGAGCUGCCAGACAUUAACCUGGAUGUACCUCAUGCCCACACCAUCAUGGAGACGUUUGUGGAUCUCUGUUUCCAGGAGACUGUUAUAACCAAAGCGCUUAGAGAUGCCUGUCCUUCUAGGGGACGCAAGCGCUUUGUGAGUGAGGGGGACGGUGGACUCAUCAAGCAGUAAAACUGAUUCAGCGCGUCUGUGCCUGUCCUAGCUGACGAGGGGAGCCAGCUCAAAGACAGCCGACACGCAGUACCCUCCCCACCCGGCCCUUCACAAGCACAGCAAAGGAAAAGGCAACGCUUUCAUUCAGGGGAAUGUGAAAAGGGGAAACACUUCUCCUUUUUUUUCUGAGUUUGUCGUUCCACAUGCUCUUUACAAAGGGAGGCAGUUGGGGCAGGGAUAUGGUUGUUAUGGGUUUUUUUCUGUUUGUUUUUUUUUUGCACCAACGACUGUCCUUUUUGUAUUUCAUUGCAUGUUAUUUGAGUAUUCAUUCACUUUGUUAAAAAACAAAAUACAGUACUAAAUACAGAACCAAGCUGAUGAUUGUAAUGCUAAAAGAAGUUAAGCCAAGUAGAUAAACGCUGUGGCUUGUGCCUUCAUCUAUGUAAUCAAGUCAAGGGGACGGGUUGAAGCGUCUAUCUCCUUGUGGACUUGUAAAGUGGUACUUAAUGUUAAAUUACUUAACGUUAUAAAUUAGGCAUUUUCUGGUAGGAAUUGGAGGUCCAGAAGGUUCCAUGGUUCAGUAAAAACUGUCCUGUGGUCACAGUGGCAAGUCUCAAGUACUAUACUGUACGGAACUGUACUGCAGAAUUCAGGGGUAAGUAAGCAUUCCGUAAAAGCAAAUGGUGAAACCGCUAAAAGGAGGGAAAUAGUUAUACUGUAAUGUUACAGCAACAGAAAUCCCUUGGAACAAUUGCAAACACCAUAAAAGUGAAAUAAAAAAAAAUUAAAAAAACAUUAAAAGUUAUUUCGUUUUUAAUAUUACUCGGGUCCCUCUCUAAAACUAGCUGUCUAAAAUGCUUCUGUCAUCUGGCAAGGGACAAGAUAAGAGAUUCAUACUAAAGAACCUCAGGACGGUGGUCUACCUUAAGCAUUUUUUUAUGUCUACAUUUAGCAGAAGACUAGGGGUAAAGAUUGUGUUAAAUAUAGUCUACCCUCAGACUGGCAGGGAAGCAGAGUACAGCACUGACUGUUUCUAACAGUCACAUACCAUCUGUAGCUGAUGGCCUAACUAGACUCAACACUGUUAAGGAUCACAUCUUUAAAUACACCUGCCAUGGGGCUAGUGACAGCAAGUGAAGGAAUAUGCUUUCCUGACAGAAAUACUGACCUCUACAUUGCCAAGCACCAGCAUAUGUUUAUGUAUGACUUUCUCCACUCCAACGCCGCCUUUUUUGCUUCCUCUAAUGUCUGACAUGGUCUGCAGUCAGUGACAUGAUAUGACCUCUAAGCUAUUGCUGAGGUGAUAUGACCUAGGAAGGAAAAACUCCUGUCUGAAAGGACGUUUCAGGACUCCCUUGUAAAUGAGGUCUCAUAUUGUAACGACUGAAAACGCGUGUGUAAAAUAACUACUUUAAAUAGCAAACAAAAGUGAACAGCAGGCACAAUUUAUUGAACAUGUUCACUUUAAGUGAAAAGAGAAUGAUUUUAAAUGAAAAGAACAAUCCUAUGACAGCAUGUAGAUUCAUGCAAGCAUUUUGCAUCAUCUCAAUCCGAUUCUAGAAAAACAUUGCUCAUAAGGCUUAUUUUAAUGGGGUGUGCUGCUGAGCUAGUUGUAAAAUGACGGGUCCUACUUAACCAGACUUCUGGAAGCUCUUUAUUCCUAUCCGUAAACACAUGUUAAAUACUUACAAUGCCAGUCUUAAUAUACUGCAUUCAAAGAUCUUCAUCUGUAAACCAGAGCAGCUGUAAGACUUCAAAGUUAGUUUUAGCCAAAAAACAACUGGAAAAUAGAAAGGAAUAUUAACACGUUUGUGUGUUACACAUUUUAAAAAAAGGCUUUAAAUACAUUUAGUAUAAGCCAAAGAUUUUUUGGUAGGGAUUACAUUUCCUUGUUAAUUUGUUUGAUUAUAUUUGCCUCUCAUUUUCUUUUGUGACUGUUGCUUUACAUAGUGGGUUUUUUUUCCGUCUUUCUGUAGCCUGGGUAGCACAUUUUGUUAUACCAGUGGUGGUAGUCACUGUUCCUCGUCUUUCUUUCGGGGUUUGUUGUCACAUUUAUCCUGCUUUUGUAUCCAUGCACACCAAUACAGGCAGCUACAGUAUUACAUUGGGUCUGUUUACUAUCUCCAAGAGAAUGUCUUCAGGUUAGACUGAUCACUAAACUACUGUAUCCUGAAUGUAUCAAAGAGUUACCAGCACAGCAUCAUAACCUGUUCCCCAGAUUGUGUGUGGGAGGGUGGGGGUUGUAAUUUUGCAUAUUUAGCAUUCUGUUUAAAAGAAAUCCGAGCUGUUUUUCAUGAUAAAACUACUUUUAAAAUGUUUUAAAUGCAUCCCUCGUCUAUCCCAACAAAACAAAGUUUCCAUUGCAAACCUACAGCGACCGCUAGUCUGCACACUGAAGCUGCUAACUCUCCCCAAUUGCAGGCAUGCCUCUGUGUAAGAAGCGAGCAAGCUAGCCUGCAUAUUUGUGUAAGCUAAAAUAUUUUGCUAGUGGUGUAACCCUUAACUGACAACCUCUAAACACUUAAGUCAAUGGAAUGUGAAACAGAAUCUAAAAAAAACAAGCAUUAAUAUAUCCAUGGCUAUUAAAUGAUGUGUGUUUCCUUAUCUCUUGGUGAUAACCUGCCCCUUUCUGUGGCUUAUCAGUUGUGUUUUCUGAUGCAACUUUAUGAAGCAUGUUAAACCUGAUGGAAUAGUUCAGUAAAUCCUACAUGUAGUGUAAUGUCAGUUGCUAUAGGUAGGCUUUACUGGAUGUGGUUUGAAAGAAUCACUUGACAAAUACGUAAAACCACAGUAUGUUAUACCCUCAUUGUUAACUUUGUAUUUCAAAGUUAACUGAGUUUUGCUUCAUUAGAGUGCUUAAAUAACAAGUACACCUUCUACCAGUCAGUCCACUUCAGUCCCUUUACCCUAGCUGAAGAGUUUUAUUGAGUAACAUGAGAACAGGACAGUUUUAACGUGUUCGUUUUUUUUUUUUUUUUACAUGUAUGUAUUUACACACUACUGCAGACUGGGACCUAGGAGUUCCAUGAGGUUCCAAUGUGAUUUUCUGAUGGCAUAUGUUGACAUACAGUUCUAAGAUAAGGACUGAAAGGGGUAAUGACCAGUUUUUUAAGAAUCAGGAUUCACUGUCAAUAACUUGACGUGCAGAGUUUCUUUGUGAGCAAAACACACAGAAAUUCAUCACGUCUGAAAACAGUUCCUAACAAAAGGAAAUGGAGAACCGUCAGAAAACGCAACAGGGAAUCACACAAUGCACCAAAAAAAAAGUCUAUUAACAGGUUAGAAAGUUGUACACGUAUGAAGCUCUUGUAUUAUCGUAAGUAGAAUUAGUCACUCUAACAGGUCUGGGGUACUAUGCUGUGCUGUGGUGCCCCUUGUGGGUGGCCCUUUGCUGGAGCAUAUGGGUCGGUCUAUUCAGCCUGAAUUCAUGUCAAUGACUGGUGAAUUACUCAUCUGUUGGGAUGUCACAUUCCUUCUCUUUCCAUCCUCCUCUUUCAAAUACAUUUUUCCAUUGUGGCUUAGGAAUUAGAAGGUGGGUGGACAUACAAUUACACAGUUAGCUCUUUUAUGCCAGAAAAUACUAUCUGCAUGUUCAUCUGAGUGAUUUAACAAACCACUUGCCCCCCUUUUUUAAAGAUACUGUGUCAUUAAGGAGGGAAUGAAGGUUUUAGAAACCAAUCCGUUUGAAAAAAAUAAACUGGGGUUAAAAAAAUAAAAAUAAAAAAAAUAAUGGGGAUAUCUGUAGCAAUAGCUUUGCAUAUCUGAUAAUAUAAAUAGCAUUUAAGGUUUUUGAAUAUAUCUGUGGUAUUUUAAAAGUAACCAGCCCUUUUGGUGUAAAUACCUGAUCAUCCUUUUGAAAGAUUAUUGCAUUUUUUUUAACUUUUUGAUUAUUAUUAUUUUUUUUUUUUAAGCGUUUUAUAAAUGUUGGGUUGUUUUUGGACAUUUUGUUAAACGGAGAAAUGUUCUGAGUUUUACAAAAUCAGUGACACAAUUUUCUUUCUACUGGUAUUGUAGGGGUUGCUGCUUCCCUUGUGUGUCUCUUGCACCUCAGCCCCAGAGAGUCAUUUUGUUUAUGGUAAACUGCUUUAUUUCCGGGAUUUUUUUUCUGUUGCAAGCUUACAGCUGUGCUGACAUUUUGGGACAAAAGUUGAAUAAAAGUUGGUUUAAUCCCA